GGCGCGGAAGCUAUCGUUGUUGCGACUGUGUAGCGUGUUUCACCGCACCAUCAACCUUUGUCUUGCAGUUGUAUCUUGUGGUCUCAUUUUUUUCUUUCACUCCCACAUACUGCAGCAGCGGCGUCCCGCGAACGUACAAGGAAGCACGUACGCACGCGCACAACGCUGCAACGCUGCAUCAUUACGAUUGCUCCUUCUUCCCCCUCUUCAUUCACUCCCACGAAUGACUACCUUUAAAGGCCAGCUUGUGCUUGCGCUGGUGCUUAAUGUCGGCUUGAAAGUAGUCACCUUCUCCCUCAGCACCUUGCUGACGCGUAAGCUGCUUCCGUACCAAAAUGGCGUCUACUUCACGUACAACGUAUACAACGAUGCAGUUCUUUUCGUGGCGCGAGAAGCCACGCGCAACGUGGCAUCGCGGUUGUCCAUCCUGGAAGAAAGCGAUGAGGUUGCGGAGAGCAGGCGGGCAGCGGCCGAGCCGUCAACCAGCGACGCGGAGAAGAAGAGUUCGUCAUCGCAGAUAAAGAAACCCUCCACGGAGGUGGAUGUUGCAAAUGUGCGCCGAAUGAUCAGUAUGGCGUUGUGCUCCGUUGCGUUGGCUGUGGUGGCCGCCCUGGUGCUAGAGGUGAUUGGAGUAUGUUUUGGCCGCUUCUCGAUGUUUCCUUCCAUGAUGCGCCACGCCCGCGUCAGCCAGCAGCAGCAGCAGCAGCAGCAGGACUUAUACACGUUGCCUCACGGGUCGGAGUCUGGUGGUCUGAAGGGCACAGUAGAGCGCCUCCCGUUGCUGCUCUUCCCCUACUUACCCGAGCUGACGGUGAUGGGCUGCACCGUCCUCAUGGCGUUUGUGGAGCCGUGCGUCGUCGUGGUGCAGUCGCUCAAUCUAUUCCGCGUGGUGGUGCUCGCCGAGUGCGCCACGCUGACGGCGCGUAUGUUGACGGUGCUAACCAUCAUCUACACCACUCAGCGGCGCGGCGCGGACGCGCUUCAGGUAGACGGUGAGCCGUUGAAUGGCAACGGGCUGCGCACGCUGUGGGAGGCGCGCAUGACGUUCGCCUUUGGCCAGCUGGCGUACGCCGUGACACACGUUCUGUAUUACACGGUCGUCGUCUCUGGCCUGCCGGUUGCGCGCUGGCUCGGCGCCAGUGCGGAGUUGCAGCAGGUGCGCGCUGCCUGCUUAGAGGGGUGCGCUUCUCCAAAGAAAUCCUCGCAGAAAAGCGAAGCCGAUGCUCAGAACCCGUCUGUCCCCGCAUCGCCCUCUUUCCCGUUCGCCGCGUCGAGGCUCUACGGCAUCUUUGCGUUUCCGUGGUGCUUUUACUCGGUUUCCGACUCGAUUGACGUGUGUCGGCAGGAGGCAGCGCUCUUCUUCACUUUUCUGCGAGAGAGUCUGCUUCGCCUUGUCCUGUCCGAAGGCGAGAGUUUCGCUCUCACCUCGUUGGGCUCGGAGUCGGCCCGUGGCUACUACCACCUCAUCUACAGUCUCGGCUCUCUAGUGGCACGGUUGCUCUUCCGUGUGUGGGAAAACGCGUGCUUCGUGAAGUGGAGUCGCGAGGCGUCGCUGGGCCACCAACAGGCAGCCGUGCAGCUCCUCAAGUUGAUGGUGCGCGUAUCUUUCUACGUCGGCUUCUCCUUCGCCUUGCUGGGCCCCCCACUCACCCGCACAUUUUUGCUGACUAUGUACACCUCUCGCUGGGCUACACCGCAAGUGACGGUGGCGCUGCAGCGCUGCUUUUAUGGAAUGCCGAUCAUGGCGUGGAAUGGGUUGCUCGAGGCUUUUCUGCGCGCUGUUGCUUCACCGGCAGUGCUGCAGCGUCUCCAGCGUUGGAUGGUGGGCGAGACGGUUGUGUACAUCGCGGUGUGCUACGCAACAUUGAUGUCUUUUGGUAAAAACGAUGAACAGGGCGACAGUGUGCGUGUCUUGGUGCUGCUGAACGUGCUGAACAUGCUUUGGCGUUGCGGAGCGUCGAUCUACUUGCUGGUGAUCUCGCCUGCUGCCUCGCAUGUUCCCACUUCUAGCGGUGCAGAAGCCACCUCAGCACACCCAUUGGUUCACCUGCACGAGUUUGCGCACGUGUUCUCGGCGCGCAUCUUGGUGUCUUUCCUCUCGCUUUUCAUCCUGUCCAGAGUUGUGACGGCCUCCGUUGCAUCCAUUGCGUGCAUCGGCGUCGCUUACGGUGUGGUAAUUUUCGCCUGCGACGCCGAGGUGCGCCGCUUGCUGAUUUUGCCUGUAUGGAGUCGUGUGGUGCUUCUCCGACCCCGCCGCAGCGGUGAUGGUGGUGGUGUUGGCACCCCUCGCGAAGCUGUCUCUGCGGCAGAAAAGAAAAGGAAGUAA